AUGCAAAACGGCAGCCUUCGAGGCACGUCCCAGCACCACCACGACAACGCGACAUCCGAGCCUGAAGCCAAGCUUCACAGUUUUCCUACACCAAAGGCUAAUCCUGAUUCCUCUGUAAACGAUUCAGUUUCUAAUGAGCCUAGACACGAAGAUGAGGACCCCGAUACCCUCUCACGACCACCACCCAAAAAGCGGAAACUUGCAGACUCUUCUGGUCGGAGUACGCCUCGUCCAAUCUCUCCUCCAUGGAAGCGCGUGGCGGUUGAUGGGCCAACCUCCUUCAUCGAAGGUGGUAGGCGGAAGUCGUCUAGGACAAACGUCGUACCGCUCGAUCUGCUGCCUCAGUCGGAUAAGAGACAUACACGUGCCUCUCAUCAGAACUAUGUGAACCCAUCGAAGCCAACUCGUGUUUCACGGCAUGGGAAUUCUUCGUUAGUCCCGAUGGCGUCCCAGCCAGAAACAAAUGGGAGACGUUUGUCAAUGGGAAGUGGCACUACUAAUGGCACUGAUAGUCCCUCACCCAGGAAAGGCUCUCUCCGAAACCCGAGUUCCCGAAGCCCGUUCGGAAAACAGCAAAAUGCACAAAAUUCCAACUCUAGAAGCGGGCCGCCGAGAACUAGAGCUUCUAGCCUUGCUUCUUCUCAUAACCUUAACAAGUCCAUUAUUUCAAUUACGAACGGCAAAAGUGUUUCCAAGUCUCAACGAGGCCACGUUAGCCCUGCGGAAGUGCCACCUGUUGCUGUGAAAAAUUCGAAUAUAAUUGAAAGAAGCCGAGAAACUGAGGGUGCAGAGCGGCAAGAAGCUGGAUGGAAUUCAGGUCAGAAAUUACCAAGGCUACGGUUUAAGGUCAAAAUGCCUUCUUUGGCUUCACAACAUCCAUCCCAUGUUUUGCCGGAAAAAAGAUACCUAUCGUUCCGCGAUUGGGUGGAAAAUGAAGCUGCAACGGACGAUGAGACAGGCUUUUCAACACCCGAGGCCGCCCUUGCCGAGGCCCGCAUGAGAACGAGAGUUUGGGAAGCCGGCCAACCUGGUCAAUUACUAAGUAAAGAACGCUGUUCCCGUUACAUGCCUGAUCCUGCGGAAGAACCCCCUCUUCAGUACUCCCAUCAAGACCACCUUGUCGCUCAUGCCUUGUACUUCAAGAAAUUACUCGAAAAGGAACAUAAGCAGCAUCGACAUCUAGCAAAACUAUUUGCUCAAGGGUGCGCGGAAGUGUGGAGGAAGCGACACAAACAUCCAGAAGAUAUAUUAAGGGAACAGCAGGAAGAAAUCCGCCAGAAACGGAAACAACUUGUUAAGGAUUUGCAGCGUCAGUUUGAUGCGGUUCGCGCGGAAGUAGAGAAAGCCCGCUUGGCCCGAUGGGAGGAGCAAAGAAAGGCAGAGGAUCAACUUGCAUUGAACAAAGCUAUCAAGCAGUCCACGCUCUUGUUUGAAAUGAGGAGACCGGAUAGGCCGGAUGAUUCCCUACAUGAGGAGAGCCAGCCAGAUACUGAAACGGGUUCGGAGACAGAUGAAUCUAGCAAUGAUGGAACAGAAGAUGAAAGUAAUAUGUCGACGACAUCUGAGAGCGAGGGGGAUGAUGAUGAUAUUAACCAUGAUGAAGGCUUGACGGCAGAGGAGCUUCGUAUGAAGUAUGCGCAUAUUACUUCGAGUAACUUUGAAGUGGAUGUCAAAUCGAACCGCUCGUCGCGGGAUUCCUCGAUGUCUAUCGGUGAUGUCUCUCCUGACCUGAAAUCCAAGAUCGAAGUGGACGGCACGUUUUCACUGCCUGCAAGUGAUACAGGUAACCAUGAUGCAGACCUGGAUGAAGUUGAUUCGGUACUGUUGGAUGAUAGCGACGAAGAGUCGACGGAAAUGGAGGAUGACAUGGGUGACAGUGACGAAGAAGAGGCUAGUAGUAGUGACGAAGAAGGUCCUGGUUUAAUGGGAUUUUUUGCCACAAAAAUGGAAAAAGUUGACCAGGGAAAUAAUUCCCACAACCAGGAUCUUGUCGAAACAGGUGGGGAAGACGGAGAUGAUGAAGACGAAGUCCUCCUUGUCCCCAAUGGGACAAACGAGCAGGAUGGUCGAGAAUAUCAACUUUCCCCCGACGAAUCGGCGGAAUACCGCCAACCAAGCCAAAAAUCACUGAUUCACGAACCCACUCGAAAUGAUGACAAUGUUAAUAGCGAGCAAAAAUCUCAAAUUUCUAACAACUUUCGCCCGAGUAGAGAUACCAGCAGCGAGCCUUCGCCAGAAACAGCUACAACAAAGCGUUCAGAGGUUGAAUCGGUUUCUUCAUACGAGCCUUCGUACGAACCAAAGCAGAACAACCUUGACGAGAGUCAGAUUGAUAAUUCAGCUUCUCAACCAUCUCCUCCCAUCAAAACACCUAUCCCACAUCUUUUACGGGGGACGUUACGUGAAUAUCAACAUUUUGGUUUGGAUUGGCUAGCGGGCCUGUAUACCAGCAAUAUCAAUGGCAUUCUUGCGGACGAAAUGGGUCUUGGAAAAACUAUUCAAACCAUAGCGCUCUUGGCGCACUUGGCUGUCGAGCACGAGGUAUGGGGGCCUCAUCUCGUGGUUGUUCCGACUAGCGUAAUGCUCAACUGGGAAAUGGAAUUCAAAAAGUGGUGUCCUGGGUUCAAAAUCCUCACAUAUUAUGGCUCACAAGAAGAGAGAAGGCAAAAGCGCAAGGGUUGGAUGGAUGACGACCGCUGGCAUGUUUGUAUUACAUCAUACCAACUUGUGCUUCAGGAUCAGCAAACGUUCAAGAGACGAAAUUGGCAUUACAUGGUCUUGGACGAAGCCCACAAUAUCAAAAACUUCCGAUCCCAACGAUGGCAAACACUCCUCACGUUUAAAACUAAAGCAAGACUUUUGUUAACUGGCACGCCCCUGCAAAAUAACCUGACCGAACUAUGGUCUCUUCUCUUCUUCCUCAUGCCAUCUGACGGCGGUGACACCGGUGUUGAAGGAUUUGCUGACCUUCGAAACUUCUCCGAAUGGUUUCGGCGACCAGUGGAGCAAAUUCUCGAACACGGGAGGGAAACAAUGGAUGAUGAAGCAAAAAAAGUGGUUACGAAAUUGCACACUGUUCUACGCCCUUACAUUUUACGCCGUCUCAAAGUAGACGUAGAAAAACAAAUGCCCGCGAAGUUCGAACAUGUUGUGCCAUGCAGACUAUCAAAGCGCCAACGAUACUUAUAUGACGGAUUCAUGUCGAGGGCUCAAACGAAAGAAACAUUGGCAUCGGGGAAUUAUCUUUCCAUCAUUAACUGUUUAAUGCAGUUACGAAAAGUCUGUAAUCACCCUGAUCUUUUCGAAACGCGACCGAUAACGACUUCAUUUUCGAUGACGAGGUCUGCGAUAGCGGAUUUUGAAAUCAAAGAGUUAUUUGUCCGACGCCGCCUGUUAAGAGAGGAUCUAUUGAGCAAAUUAGAUUUAGACUUCUUGAACUUAGUUCCCAUAUCAAGAGAAAAUACGUCGAAGAGGCUUGUGGACGAUACCUCACGAAUCAUGGCCUUUGGUCCUCUUAAAGCACUACGUGAGCGCCAAUAUAAUCGCACUAACUGGCGUAUGGAAUUUGAUGGAUCUUCAGUCCGGUCUGUGCUAACGUCAAUGGAGAACUCAUCUCGAAAAAGGAGGAUGCAAGAGCUAGAACGGUGCCUGUACUUUGAGUCGAAGCGACACGGACAACGACCUGUGUAUGGGGAGAGCCUAAUCGACUUCAUUACGUUAAAUAUUGGCAUACAAUCAAAAUCCCAACGUUUACCUCCACGCCGUUCACUUAUUGACUGGUUUUCGCACCAAUCUCCCGCCAUAGCGUCAAUGAUCUUAUCAAUAAAUGAAAGGUCUCUUGCGAUGGAGAACAUUAUACAGAAGUUUGCAUUUGUCACUCCUGCGGUGGUUGCGUCGGAUGUCACUGCCGCGGCCUUAACACCGAUGGAGUCCCGAUAUUUCAAUAAAGCGCUAAGGGUUCCGAAUUAUGACCCGUUUCAUGAGGCACAGAUGCGCCUGUCAAUCGCGUUCCCAGAUAAACGGCUCUUGCAGUAUGAUUGCGGAAAACUUCAGCAGCUUGACAAGCUUCUGAGGAAGCUACAAUCAGGUGGCCAUCGUGCUUUGAUUUUCACGCAAAUGACAAAAAUGCUUGAUAUCCUGGAACAGUUUCUCAAUAUACAUGGCCACCGAUACCUUCGCCUCGAUGGUGCUACCAAAGUGGAGCAGCGACAGAUGUUGACCGAACGUUUCAAUAAUGAUACGCGAAUUCUGGCUUUCAUUCUUUCUAGCAGGUCAGGUGGGUUAGGAAUCAAUUUGACAGGUGCAGAUACAGUCAUAUUCUAUGAUCUGGAUUGGAACCCGGCAAUGGAUAAACAAUGUCAAGAUAGGUGUCAUCGCAUUGGUCAGACUCGUGACGUUCACAUUUAUCGCUUUAUAUCUGAAUACACAAUCGAAUCGAAUAUUCUACGCAAGGCCAAUCAGAAACGGAUGCUCGACGAUGUUAUUAUUCAAGAAGGCGAAUUCACGACUGACUACUUUCAGAAGUUGGAUGUGCGGGGCAUGCUAACUGAUGCUGUUGUGGAUGGGCAUGAUGAAGCGAGUGCUGCUAUGGACCGCGUUCUUGAUACCAAAGUUGUCGGAACACCUCGGGCCUUCGAACAGGCAGAGGAUAAAGAAGAUAUCGAUGCUGCAAAGAACGCGGAGAAGGAGUUGGAGCACGCAGACGAUGGCGACUUCGAGGAGGGUAGCGUACCACACACACCAGGUCAGCCCGGACCCAGCCAAGUUGGAACACCCAUGGCAACAGAAGUUGAAGAGUAUGAACCAUCCGUUACUCAUGCAGGAAAUGCCAAUACUCCCGCACACCUAGGAUCGCCGUCAGCUCAGGUUGCACAAGAUAAAGAACCGGAAUCCGGUCACAUUGAUGAUUACCUUUUACGUUUUAUGGAAUGGAACCUGAAGGACGAACCCUUGGUUCUGCCACCAGACAAGAGGAAGAGGAAGACGAGAAGAGGACAAGAGCAUCGAAUCAAAAGGCAUAGAUGA